GUAGUUGAGCCACUGGUCCACAACCAACGGUUCCCGCCAGGUUCCGUCAAGUGGUUGGCGCGAAAUGGCGCUUAGCACGACAUGUCGGUGACGCUACGCUACCCUACAUGCUUCAAAUCAACAGCACAAUUUGCUUUCCUUCACGUGGUUCCAGGACUGGUCGUAGCCUACGCUCAAGAACUGAUUAUGCCGAUUCGGUUCUCCUUCGGGCCCGUUGUCGGAUUACUGAACCCGCGCGCUUUUGAAUUUCUCAUACAUAAUCCCCAAAAUUUUCUAACGUGUUUAAGGCUUUGAGCUACAUUCCGAUUACUACCGCGCCAUUUCUCUCCCGUCCCCUUCGUCUCGGAGCUUGCUCAUCUUCAGAUACAUGGACGCUACCGGAGGUCUAAGUUUGUAUCCGUCGCACCGUUGUAAAACUAUUCAUCUGGUGAGGCAUGCACAGGGAAUUCAUAAUGUUGCUAGUGAAAGGGAUCACAGUGAGCUUUUAUCUUAUGAUUAUUUUGAUGCUCGACUUUCCACUUUAGGAUGGCAACAGGUUGACAAUCUGCGCAAGCAUGUGCAAGCAUGUGGACUUUCUAAGACAGUUGAGUUAGUCAUCACCUCCCCCUUGUUAAGGACUAUGCAAACAGCAGUUGGAACCUUUGGUGGUGACAGUUACAUAKAUGGUAUAAAUGUUCCUCCAUUAAUGGUUGCAAAUGCAGGGGAUAGCAACCGUCCGCCAAUUUCAAGUCUAAACUGCCCGCCGUUUUUAGCCGUAGAGCUUUGUAGGGAACGUUUGGGUGUUCAUCCAUGUGAUAAGAGGAGAAGCGUUAGCGAGUGUCAGUCUCUUUUCCCAGCAAUUGAUUUCUCAAUGAUUGAACAUGAUGAUGAUAUCCUGUGGAAACCAGACACAAGAGAGUCGAAUGACCAAAUUGUAGCUAGGGGCCUGAAGUUUCUGAAUUGGCUGUGGACUCRAAAGGAGAAAGAGAUUGCAAUUGUCACCCACAGCGCAUUCUUGUUUGAGCUCCUGAARGUUUUUGGAAAUGAUUGCCAUCCAUCUAUGGAGAGCGAAAUCUCCAAAUAUUUUUCAAACUGUGAGCUUCGAUCCUUGGUUCUGGUUGAUAGGGGUAUGACAGGAUCGGAUUACUCAAGGACUAAUUACCCCGGGAAAUCCCCCGACGGCCUUGAUCUUCCCAGUGAUGUUGCCGCUGAGAAGCAUCCAGAAAAAGAAGCUACAAACAACUGAAGUUGUAGCUUGAAGAAGAUAAAAGCUUGUGCUGUUUAUUUGUUCGUCGUGGGAUCACCUGAAAUGUCGUCGUCAAUCGUACCAGUAAAGGCUGUUAGUUCGUUUCAUUUUUGGUGGCUUCGUUACUCCAAAAAUGCUAUUUGGCGUGAAUUAGGCUAGAUCACACCUGCAAUCCGUUUUGAUGGAGUUGGCUACUCAGAUUGUCGAGGCUUCUCAUCUCCGAGGUACAUGUUUUUUGUCUGUAUUUCAUUAGUGUGGGCUCCUAUAUUAUUGAUUUGAUGAAAAGCUAAUAAAAUUUAUGUCUUCCAUGUGCGUGCAUUCCUUUUUUUUUUAGUGCAAUGUAACAAGGACUAAUGAUUCUAUCCAUCAUAAAUAAUAUUUAAGUAUUUACUA